CAAAGUCAGAUCAGUAACUAUUUACUUCUCAGUGAAGUACGGCUUACAAAAACAAGUCUCUAGCUUUUUAAUUAAGGAUGAAGACAAUCAAUCCUUUCAUUCUCAUUAUUUUAUUUCUACAUGCGUUCCAUAAUGUUGGGGCAGUUGUUGAAGUAAACAACAAGAACGGAUAUGUCGGAGUUGUUGUGGGUAUGAGCAGGAGAGUGGAGAUGGACGAGAACCUAAUCCAAAAACUGCAGGAUCUGCUGAUUGCAACGUCCAAUUUCAUGUUCCAAGCUACCGGACAGCGACUGUACAUCCAAGAAGUGCUCAUCGUUGUACCACCAAUCAAAAGCUGGGAAUCGGCUGGGUAUGACAGGAUCAUGGGCAAUUGGUUUAACUCUGCUAACAUACGUGUGGAUGGACAGAACCCAGUGUAUGGAGAUACACCCUACACCUUGUAUAGUGGUGGCUGUGGAAAACAGGGGAGGUAUAUUCAUAUCACCCCAGACUUCAUCCUCAACAAGGGGAGCUUUAAUGGAAAACCAGAAAAAAAGAUGGUCCAGCAGUGGGCAAAAUACAGAUUUGGUGUAUUUGAAGAAGGUAGUGAGCCGUGGGAUGAAAGAUUUCCAAAGCUGUAUAAAGACCCUGUAUUCUUAAAGAUGAAGGAGUAUGCGUUUGUUCCCACCAGUUGUACAACUGACAUCGAAGGAUGGACGAUCCAACCUUCAACCUGUACAUUAGAUAAAAACAACAAAUUUACACCCAGUUGUGCAUUUGAAAUGGACGAGACUCAUCCCAUGAAUUCAUCACUUAUGUGCUCAGACUUUCUGGACCAGGCUGAUACUUUCUGUGGCCUAAAUAACAGGAGGCAUAACUACCGGGCACCGAACAGACAUAACCUUCUGUGUAAUAGAAAGAGCACGUGGGACGUUAUGAAGGAACACAAUGAUCUUAAAAACAUCAGGCCUAUUCCAGUUCAACCAGGAGAGCCAACGUUUCGCAUUGUUCAAGCAGGUGCUACAAUGAGAGUAGUUCUUGUAUUAGAUGUAUCAUCCAGCAUGAAUGGUUUAUCAAGAAUGAAAUUGAUGAGAAGCAGUGCUAAGAGAUUCAUUAGAGACAUCAUUCAAGAUGGCACAGAGCUUGGGAUCGUACAAUUUAGUAGAUCUGCUACAACACUGUUACCUUUAACAAAGAUUGAUUCUUCGACCCGGAAUAAGACAAUUGACAGCUUGCCUAAAACAGCCACUGGAUCUACAUCAAUUGGAAGUGGUAUUCUUAAAGCCCUUGAGGUUCUGAAAGCAAACACCGAAGGUGCAUUAAUCAUCUUGAUAACUGAUGGGGAGGAAAAUACAGACCCUAAAAUACCAGCUGUAAUUCAAAGAGUUAUAGAAGCCAAAGUUGUAAUCAACGCAAUAGACCUGGGUGGACAAUCGGAUAAAAAUUUAGAAACACUUUCCGUGAAAACAGGAGGAAAUUCUUUUCUUGUUCUUGAUGAUGAGUCAGGAGUAUCUUCAAAUAUGGAUGAUGCACUAUUUUACGGCAGCAAGACUGCCCAAGGUGACAUCGAUUUUGGUUUGGUUGAACUUUCAAAAGAAGAUAUGACAUUAUCCGAAAGUGAGACCAAACAUCUAACCACGUACAUAGACAGUUCUUUGGGCAACAAUACUAAAUUCACUUUCAGGAGUAAAUACUUAACCAACCUCGAAAUUUCUCUAGAAAGUCCUAAUAAUAAGAUCUUCACCCAAGAUGGCACAGAAUGGACCAAACUUGAUGAAACAACAGGGCAGUUUCUGUUGACAGAAGCUGAGGCAGGAGAAUGGAAAGCAAAGUGCUCCUCCAAAUCAUCAUCAUCAAUAAAGGUCAGCUUUCAAGUUACAUCAGAACCAACUGACCCUGAAGAUGACCCUGUACGAGUUGAAGCUUUUAUAAGCGACAGUACAUUUGACACAUUUACUAAAGAUAUGCAGAAUUACGCACUCAUCUCUGCCAGAGUUUAUAAAGGAAACAUUAAUAUAGCACAUGCUACACUCAAUGCAACAAUCAUCAGGCCAAAUGGCGCUGAUCCUCUGUACAAUUUCAUUCUUCUAUACACGGGAUCGAAUGGGCUGUAUAAACGUGACUUCACAGAGUUCACUGGGAAUGGGAGAUACGCUGUUGAAGUAAAGGUGAUAAAUGAUGGAAAGGCAACUUUGGAAUUGAAUGAUAAAUCACAGAAUUCUUUUCCACCUAAAGGAAACCAAUUCAAAAGAAAUAAAGAUUCAUCAGAAUUGGGUAAAUUUCAACGAUCAACCAACGCAGGAUCUUUCCAAGUUAAAAAUUUCAAUAAAGAUGUCUUUAAGUACUUUCCACCAGGACAUGUAACAGAUCUCCAAAUUAUUCAAAGCCAAAUGGUUUCUGGUAUCUAUAUCAUAGGGCUCCAGUGGACGGCACCAGAUGACAAUUGUUUUGAGAAACCAGGUAUUUUAACUCAAUAUUAAACCUUCUUAGUAUAA